AUGAAAGUUUUUAACACAAAGCUUCAAACGGUAGUGAGAGAACAACUGACUGCGGAAGGGCAUCCAUUACCUUCAGAAGUUACCAUAGCAUAUAAUUUUGAAACAAACUCAAUAUAUUUUAAAGUCGUCUCUGCAAAGAAGUCAAGAUUUACAUUUAAUGAAGCAGAUGUCUAUUCGAAUGAAAACUUCAAAGCUAUUGCAUGGUUAGAUAAUGACGAUUGCUUUAAGAAAAUCUUUAAAUUCAGUGACUCAAAGAUGUCAAUAGAUGACUUUCGUGGAAUGUUACCAUCGACGUUUACAGUAGAAGGUUCAGCAGGAUUGCUUACAAGAUUGUCAAUUGGUGGUAUUUGGUCUCGUGAGAACAUUGUUAUAAAAUCCAGUAUAAGUGAAUUUGCUGAAGAAUCUAUAUUAUGUCUUUCAAACUAUAUGUAUUCGCCGCCAAAGCAUUAUAGUAUAACAAACUUUGUCAGUAAGUUUAACAUAAGACUUGUCGAACCUUCUUCAAUGAAAGAUGUUGUGCUACCUAAAGAUGGAAAGGAUGGACUCAUUAUUGAGAUGAUUUUAAUAGCAUAUUAA